CAGGAGAGGGGGGAGGCGAGAAAGCCAGAAAAAAAAAAGUGGUCUCUUUCCGUGGCGGGGCGAGGUGCCCAGAGAAACCGGGGGCUCAGCGCCCCUCUGUCACGCGUGGACCCAUUUACGGGAAAGGAGAGGGGAGAAGUGACUUGCUUUGGAAGACGAAAUAAAAUUGAAAGAGAGAAAAGAAAAAGAAGCUAAGUUAUGCAGAACUGAUUGAUUCCCCGAGACCAGGGGAAGGCAUGAGUCUGUCGGGGCUGCGGGACGCGUGUAGGCUGGAGCCGCAGCCCCCACGGGAGCGGGCCGGCCCGCGGUGAACUGGGCGUCCUGCUGGGAAGGUAGAUCAGCAAGCCAGCGGCAAUGCAGGGACGCCUGCUCUAGAGAAGCCUCCCGGAGAGGGAGUGUAUAGCCUCGAGAAAAGAGGGGGCUCAAGGGGAGCCCCCAGCCUGGAGCCUGCCCCUCUCCUCCUCUCCCGCAGCCCCCCUCCCUCGCCCAAGCCCCCCAGCCCAGCAGAGUUCGGCACCCCUACCGCGUUCUACUAAGGGAGAGAUGCCCUCAGUCCCUGCGGCCCCCCGGGGACAACGCGAGCAUGGAGAAGUCGAGUAGCGAGGAUUCUUCGAUCCAUCGGAGUCCAUCUUUGGACAGCAAGGACUCGGACUUUGCCAAGCCCUCUUCCUCGGGCCGCCCCUUGGGCCGCGGCUUCACUGCGGGCGCCUUCUAUGGUACCACGGGUUCCCGAACCCGGGGCCAGAGCCACGCGGAAGCCGGAGUGAAGACGGACAAGUAUAAUGCCCCGAAGGGCAGCAAGUAUGUGGUGUUUUACCUGGACCUUUCCUUUGUCUUCCUUCUAGAAUUUAAGAAGUGCAACAUGGCCAGAGGCUGCCUCUGCUGUUUGAAAUACAUGAUGUUCCUGUUCAAUUUGAUAUUUUGGUUGUGUGGCUGUGGACUGUUAGGGGUGGGCAUCUGGCUCUCUGUCUCCCAGGGAAACUUUGCCACCUUUUCCCCCAGUUUCCCCUCACUGUCAGCAGCCAACUUGGUUAUUGCUAUUGGCACUAUCGUCAUGGUGACCGGCUUUCUGGGCUGCCUAGGAGCCAUCAAGGAAAACAAGUGUCUCCUUCUCAGUUUUUUCAUAGUCCUGUUGGUCAUCCUCCUGGCAGAGCUGAUCUUACUCAUCCUGUUUUUUGUCUACAUGGACAAGGUGAAUGAUAAUGCUAAGAAGGAUCUGAAAGAAGGGCUGCUCCUGUAUAACACGGAGAAUAAUGUGGGACUGAAGAAUGCCUGGAACAUCAUUCAAGCUGAGAUGCGAUGUUGUGGGGUUACUGACUUCACAGACUGGUUUCCUGUGCUGGGAGAGAAUACAGUUCCUGACCGUUGUUGCAUGGAGAAUUCCCAGGAUUGUGGGCGAAACUCUACCACCCUUGUUUGGAAAACAGGCUGUUAUGAGAAGGUAAAGACAUGGUUUGAUGACAACAAACACGUUUUGGGCACAGUGGGGAUGUGCAUUCUCAUCAUGCAGAUUUUAGGCAUGGCCUUCUCCAUGACACUUUUCCAACAUAUCCAUCGGACUGGUAAAAAAUAUGAUGCCUAAGCCAACUGGCUGGGAGUGCCUCUACACCAGGGAAGACUCAUGCUUUCGUAGCCUCCUGAAUGCCAGACUGCCGUCCCUUCCUAUGUGUAACUCAACCCUGUACUGUCCAACAGAUCGACGUCCCCACCCUUCCUGAUUCAUCCACAGACUUCUUUGUCGGGUGGGCAGGGUGGGAGGGAGAAGGGGAAGGAAACCUCAGGAGGUGGGAAGUUGUGUGUGUGUGGUGGGGGUGGGGGGUGGGACUUUUCUGCAUCCACAUCUGUUUCUUUGCCAAAGAAGAUGGAGGGAUGGGGAGAGGACGAGGUAGAGUGAUGGGAGAUGCUAAAAGAGCAAACUCCAAUAUGACACUAAUCCCUCCUUAGCUCUCUUUUACCUCCUGCCCUUCUUCUACGCACUGACACUUUGCCUGACCCAGAGGGGAAAGGGGAUGGAGAGGAGGAGGCAAACUCCAGUCCUUGCUGGGGGUUUCUCCCUUUUCACCUCCCUACCCCCUUUCAAGGGACACAGCCUCUUCUGUAUCUGCUUUUAGCCACACCUUGCCCCCACCUCUGGUCCAGAGACCUGGAAGACUUAAUGGGAGGGAGGGAAAGGAGGGAGGGUCAGGGAGGCCCAACCAUUUUAAGUAAGGGGCCCCAGGCAAUGUUCUUUUUGAGGCAUUUUGUACCCUAUGAUGUAUCUUUUUUAUCAUUUUAUUUUAUCCUGAUUUUGAUCAUUUGGGAUCAGUAUUCCCCAAAUACCUUUAGGCUUAGCUUUUCUGAUCUAUAACUUUUUACUAUAUUGGUUUCUUUGAUGUCUUGGUUUUUUGGUGGGGGGUAGUGAUGGGUGGGAAGGGCAUCCAUUUGGUUUUAAUCUGGAAGAAACACUGUGCAACACUUGGGAGGACCUUGGUAAAGAUGUACUAGACAUUUUUUUUUUUUUUUCAGUAUAGAGAGGCUGAGAUUAGCUGGCUGUGCUGAGAAAGCUAGGACUUGGCUCAGUUCCUUCACCUUUGUGAGGGGCUAGACAGGAGGGUCCAUGACCCUCUCAGGGAUUUUCCUUUGGGACUUAGAGUCUUUGGCUCUCAGUAUUUUGGUUUUUGUGAAGUGAAGCAAGUUCAGGGUCAACCAAGAGGCAAAAAGGAUCUAGUACCAGUGCCAAUGGAAGACAGAAACAAUAAGGGAUAUGAGUUGGGGGGGACUGGGGAUGGGUGGGGUGGGUAGUAGGGAAGUUAUAAGGGAGCUUGCAGUAUUUCUUGCUAAUCUCUUUACCAGGAACCUUGGCCUGAGCUAGAAUUUAUCUGCUGCUGUUUUUGUUAUUGUUUUUGUCUUUGUCUUUUUUUUUUUUUUAUCCUUCCCUCCCAACCAUCUUUGGCAUGGGAGACUCUCCCUUCACUCCUUUUGGUCAUUCCCACAUCAAAUUCCCAAACUCCCCUUUUUACCCCCAAACAUUCCUGUUAGAACUCUUGAUCAUAUACCUCGGUAGUUCAGAUGCUGCAUUUCUCACAUAUUGCUGCUUUUCACAAAGGAAAGGACAGAUGGAGGUGUUAGAAGGGAUCUCAGAGGUUGUCUAGGACAAUUCCCUUACUUGACAAGUGAACACGAGGCCCAGACGGAAUCAGAAUUUGCUCCCCCAGAUAACAGGGCCCUUAAUAUACCUUUGGAUCCCCAGACAGAUGACUGGGUGAGUUAAUCCCUGCAGGCUGUAGGGUCAUUCUGUUGGAAGAUCCAGGGCUUGACAUUAUCAGAAAUCUGGUCUCCCUCCUUGGGUAGGUAGAGUGGAGUGAUAAUCUUCCAACAUAAUCCUAAAACACACCCUCUUCUCCAUUCCCUAUCUCUUACCAAGGAGGAAUUAAUACAAAAUAAAACAUUAAAGCAAUCAAUGUACAUCCUUAAAAAAAAACAA